UCUACUCCCACCAGUCGCGCGCCAACCGCGCACGCGCAGCCUAGUGAUACCACCUCAAAAAACAAGUGAAACAAAACUUUGAUCAAACGGAUUACAGUGAACAAACACUAGUGAUUACAUGUGACAGUGAGGACAAGUUUAGUGAUACUGAUACCAUAUCUUUACACCGCAAUAACUUUUUCGCUCCACGGUAUCUAUUAACUGUUUUAUGGGCUGUACAGUACCUCUAUUGUUGUGUGCGCUGCCACUAAUCUAUUCACCUGUCUCGACGCCACCUACUGCGGUUGGACUGUGAAAUGUGACAAAAAAUUGCAAUGAGCAUCCACUGUCGGACGGACCCCCCGUUUGUAAACUUUGCGGGAUAACUACCUGACUACUGGAGGGUUGGGUGACGUUGGACGAUCAAUCGGGCAACUGGUCGCCUUAUGAUUUACAACCGUGAUGUCGGACACCGGUGGAGCAGUAGUAUCCCGGGCGUCGACACCACGCCCUGCACAAGAUGCUCCUGUAAACGCCCCUCUCAGAUCACGUCAUGACCAGUUCCUCGCUAGCUCAGCUGAAAGAGCACAACAAAGACCUUCAUCCAGUGGCAGAAAUGCCAACGGUAACUUCGACUCCCCACCAUUACCCUACCGACAAAUCACCACUGGUUCCUUAUUAACCUCCUCCCAUCGGGAAACCUCAGCCUUUGUUCCUGUAGUACCUACUAGAUCGAUCCACCCUGUAAUAUAUCCAAAUGAAAUGCACCCAGCAUUGAUCCCCUCAGAAAUCAUGGAGCGAGAAAGAAUCAUGGAUAGAGAAAGAUCAGACCCCGCGAAAGGAUCACCCGAACGAACACCGGGUAACUUUCCAAAACGAAAUUCUUUUGACUUGAUGGCGAUGAUGGUCGAGAAAAGAAAAGAGGUGGCAUUGAGAGAAGCAGCCGCUGCUAUGCUACUUCCUCAUCAUAGAACGUCUUCGAUGGAUGGGAUGAUGUCUGAUGGUUCAUCCCAGCCACCUAUUUAUGGCCCACCUGCUGGUUUUCUUGGUGCUCCAGGACCUUCACCUACAACUGCUGGCAGCUUUACUUUUCCUGGAGCGGGAUUAUUUCAACCGGGGGCUGGUCCUCAUCAAAUGCAUCCACACCUAGAUAGACGGUUGCUUCGAGCGCCUGGACGUGCAUCAAGACCUAAGAAGCAGUUCAUUUGUAAAUUUUGUAACCGGCAGUUCACCAAAUCCUACAACCUCCUCAUCCACGAGCGGACACACACAGACGAGCGGCCUUAUUCAUGCGACAUUUGCGGCAAAGCCUUCAGAAGACAGGACCACUUACGCGACCACAGGUACAUACAUUCAAAAGAGAAACCCUUCAAGUGCACAGAAUGCGGGAAAGGAUUCUGUCAGUCCAGAACCUUGGCGGUUCACAAAAUUCUUCAUAUGGAAGAAUCUCCACACAAAUGCCCAGUUUGCAGCCGAAGCUUCAACCAACGUUCCAAUUUGAAGACCCAUCUGUUGACACACACAGAUCACAAGCCGUACAAUUGCAACUCUUGCGGAAAAGUCUUUCGCCGAAACUGCGAUUUGCGGCGACAUGCUCUGACACAUGCCGUUGGCGAUGUACCCCCAGGAGACGUAUUAGAUGUCGGAGAAGAAGACAUUGGAAGACCUGGAUCUCCUAUUGAGCCCGGUUACGACGAUGAAGACCCGGAUAUUUCGUCUCCAGAGCAUUCACCUGUCAGGCGAGCUCGGUCAUCAUCUAUUGAAAGUAUUGGAAGAGAGCAAAGUGAAGAGAGACCGCCGCCAAGAAGGAUGUCUCCUUCUCCCGUUGAGCGUACUCAUUGUCAUCAUAAUGAGCCCAGAGACCGAGCGAGUCCCUACACCAUGCGACCGCAGCAAUCGGAUAAACAUCGCAUGCCGUCCGCAGAUCCCUAUGAAAGGCGGCGUUACACUUCUGAUGAAAUCAUAGAGAAGGAGAUGCGUUACGCAGAAAUGCCUGAGCAGCAAAUUCGACACCCCCAGCUACAGAUAAGAAGAGACUUACAUCAAGUAGCUCCACCUGAUCCUUCUAAGAUUGGGCAAAUGUCAAGUCCUCCAAUCGACCCAGGGCCUUCCAGCAUUUAUAUGACACCGUUUAGAAAAAGAAGUCAUCCACCAGACAUUGGUGAAAAUGUAAGAACCUGUGCAGCUGUUUACAGAAGCCGAUCGCCUGAACCAACGAAUUUAUCUAUGCCUCGUCCUCCGAUUGGGGGCAGUGAAGUAGUCGUUGGUAUACCACCCUCUAUGAUGGGAAUGCCUUCGUAUCACAAGUUCGGGUUGCCGUUGCCGCCGCCUCACUCACAAAUUGCGUAUGGACCGGUGCCUCAUAGUAUGUUGGGACCACAACAGACUGUUGCUCAAGAUUUGAUAGUGAAACACGCCCCUCCUAAAGAUACUGUACCAAGUACUUCGACAAGCGUGACAAGCUGUAAAGAUAGUCCUCAGACUAAUGUGAAGGAACACGAGGAAGCUAAUUCGUGCUCCAUUGCUAACGGAAUAAAGAACAUUGUUGGUAUACAACCAAACACCAACCCCAAGCCAGGAACGAGUCAAUCCAGUGGGCCGAAGAAAGGUUUUAGUAUAGAAGAUAUAAUGCGACGUUGAGUCGAUUAUUGUGUGGCUAGAAUAGUGGUGGAUCAUGUCAUUUUAAAAAGACGAGUUUGUCGUCUUAGCUAAUUGUAUUGAUGUAGUAAUUAUUCUCUUGAGAAGUAUUAUUAGUAAAGUAUGUAUUGAUGUAAUGUCAUGUAAAAUUGUUAGCGCUAUGUUUGUACGUAUUUGCAAUGUGGAUUUGGUUUUCGUAAAGAUCUCAUAAGGUUUGUUUGUGCAGUGUUUUGUUUACCUCCAAAUUUUAAAAAUUAGUAAUAUCAAAAUUUAGGACUUUUAUGUUUAUUUUAUGUUAUUGUUGGAUUUUGAAUGUAGUUUUUACACAGUAUGCUGUCAGUUGAAAUCCAUCAGUGCUAAUUAUUUGAAUAUUGAAAAUGUUUUUGAUAGAUAAGUGCCUUAGUUCUAUAGACAUUACGACUGUUAUUUAUUAUUUAGGUGCAUUAAGUUUAACGGUAAAAUAAUAAGCUUCAUAAUAAUUUAAGUUUUAUUUUAAUCGUGAUAUCGAUUGUAAAUAAUUAUUUGUAUUGGUCGUUGAUCGGAUAGUUGUAAGUUUUUUUUUUUUCUGUAAAUAUACAUUGAACCAACAAUUUUAUUGGAUCUUUUUAAAUGUCGUCAAUUAAUUGAUACAAAAUAAUGUCCUUAUUACAUAAUAUUUAAUCCUACUAAUAAUUUAACUACAAACCUUCGACUUUCCGAUCAUCGGUUAUGACUUUAAGUACCUAUAUUUUUGGUUCUAUUUCCUUUAAAUAGUUUAAGGUAUUGAAAUUUGUUAACUUAUAUUUCUUAAAGUAAGUUAUUUGUGUAUCUCAAGGCAAUAAUAAAUGUAUGGUUUUACAUUAAAAUUAAGAAAGUUUACAUUGUUUAUUGUAGCAAUCAGAAAUAAAUAUUUCUAAAUUGUUGACAGUUAAAAUUUAAUGAUAAAAACAGUGGCAGAUUUGCUCAGAUUUAUUUUUAGCAAACAUUUUAUGUAAAAUAAUUAUUU